UUAAAAAGAAUGCCUUUGGGGAAAAAGGUUCGCUCUUCUUCAGCUUCAGGAAGAUUAGAGACUCAACAUGUACACAGCAUCCUCUCAGAACUGAGUGGUUUAGGGGAGAGGACAAGAAACACAUCUGGGCUGGGAUAUCGGGAUGAGAAAGCAGAUGAUUCUUCAGUACCAAGACAACUGACUGACAGCGAGGAUGGAAAAGAACAGCCUGAUUGGUUGGUGAAAGAGCUGCUCAAACAGAGCAGACGAAGACACUCUGUCACACUCGGAGAUAAAGAGAAAAUCACGAGACAGCAAUAUCACCUUAUCAAUUCAACUUACAACCUCAAGAUUGAUGAGAAAAUAUCACUUGAGACCCUCGAGAAACUGAAACUAGCAUUUGAGGAAUUUGAAUCAGGUGGAUUGAGAUACAUUGAUGUGGCCAAAUUUGGACCUAUGAUGAAGAAGUGCUUGGAUUUACCUAAUGCAACCUACAUGGAGAUUCAAGGGUUAUUUAAGAAGAUUGAUUAUUUAGGCAAAGGGACGAUUUCAUGGGGUGAGUUCUGCACAUACAUGCUGCAGCAGUAUAAAGGGCAGGAGGAAACUGCAAGACGCAACAACCAGGUGGCCUUCAUUCUGCCAGCCACCAUGAAUUCCUUUAAUCAUGGGAUUCCUAUUGUCAACAUCCAGUCUACCCAUGAUGGCACCAUCGUAACAGUGCGAGAAGACGGGCGUGCCUGUCACUGGAGUCCUGAACUUAAACCCCAGAAGACCAAACACCUAUUUAAUGAAGAUCCAACAAAUACAAAGUCAAAAUGGGCAAGUGAUUUUGCUCUGAUGAGCGAGUACAACAAGCUGAUGAUCGGGACAGGGGACAGAGAGCUCCAGCUUUAUAACCUUUCCUCUCUGGAGCCUUAUUGUCAGAUCAGUGAACUAGAAACAAUACCCCUGACAGUGGACUACAGCUACAAUGGCCAGGAUAAAUGCUGUGUUCUAUAUGGAGACUCUGAAGGAUGUGUGACUAUCAUUUUAAUAUCCUCUGCUGGAGAUACCUUCAGGUUAUGGAAUAAAAUGCCAAAGACUAAAACUAUACCUAACAUAGCAAUUGACCAUGCAGUUCUUUCUCCAAACGUGGCUUUUAUUAGAUGGAAGGUUCAUCAUGACUGGGUGACACAGAUUAAAUAUUUUCAUAGUCUUCAGGUUGUUGUCUCCUCAUCAAAUGAAGAAUCUUCUUCUCUUGUUAUAGGCUGCCUGCUGCCUUUAACAGAUGCUGAGCAACAGUUGAGUGAAAUUAAAGAGACCUGUUAUGAAGGUAAAUCCAAGAAGAUCCAACUGAGUUGGACACCACAGGUCCGGGCAUCAUGUGAUCAGACUGUCUUUAGCAUCUACAAAGGUGUCAGGACCUUUGACCUCUGUCAGAAGCACAGAUUGCUGAUUACUGGAGGCAUGGAUAAACUUAUACGCCUGUGGAAUCCACAUUAUUCUGGAAAACCGACUGGUAUUUUGAAAGGCCACUCUGCUCCUAUCGUCUCCAUCCGCAUCUCCUCAGAAGACAAUCAAAUCUUCUCUGUCUCAACAGACUGCACUGUGAAAAUUUGGCAUCUUCAGGAUCAGUGUUGCCUGUUUACAGCAGACCCCAAAGCAAGCCGGAUUCAUGGUGAUAUAUCUGCAUGCGCAUAUUCCACUGCAAUGAAGUCUCUGUAUAUUGCAGCGGACUGUAUGACUAUGCUCCCUCUGAAGUUAAGGCAGCGGCUUCACCGUCACUUCACUGUUUCUCAUAAUGAGCCUGUUUCGUGCUGCGGUUACAGUAAGGAGUUUCGUCAGGUAGUCAGCUGCACUGAAGGAUCUGUUGUGAGAGUCUGGGAUUUUGACACUGGGUGUCAACGUUUUGAGUUUGGUGGCACUCGCGAACUGUCUUCUAUCACUUGUUUGACAUUUGAUCCCAAAGGGAGAAGACUUGUCACUGGUGGAAGAGAUGGAUCUUUAAAAAUCUGGAACUUCAACAAUGGUCUAUGCCUGAAGACAUUAAAGAAAGAUGGUGAAUGUCGUGAGGUGUGUGACUGCAUCUUUCUCCAAGUCCACAGGAAUUUCUAUGUGAUGUCAGUGGGAAGGGACCGGAAGAUUGACAUUUACCCAGACAUACCUGAGGAUCUUCAUCAUGUCCAGAGGCCACAGGCUUCAUGGCAGGAUGAUCUGAAAAAUGGACACAAGGAUGACAUCCUUUGUAUGGCACAGUGUCCCCCAUCUUUUGUGGCCACUGGCAGCUCUGAUGGCGAGAUUAUAGUGUGGAACGUGGAUUCUGGACGUAUACAGUGUCGGUUUGUUAGUCCUAUUGUAGCUGAACAGCAAGAUGUUAAAGGUCUGGAUACGAGUGUUCCAAGCAUAGUUUUCCUGAAGGAUUCCUAUUUAAAGCAGUUUUCCUCAACUACAGCUCUCCUGUCAUCUGGGGCCGAAGGCUGUGUAAAUCUCUGGAAUGUGAUCGGCGGAGGAAAGUUUGUUAGCAGCUUCAAAGCUUCCAAAUUUCAACAAAAGAUAACAAAACUGGCCAAAACAGAGAAGGAUGUUCUGCUGUACAUGGCUGACAGAAUUGGUUACAUCUAUGUCUACAGCAUGGAAAAGCUAGACCCUGAGAAGACAUCACUAAGAGCUGAAACCUUUUGGCGCGCCCACACCAACACAGUUACUGGCCUGCAUGUUGUUGACAAUGAUCAAGUGGUGCUUACCUCAUCCACUGACUACACGGUGCGUCUUUGGAGUGCACAAGGAGAAUUCAUAGGCACCUUUGGGCAGGCUGAGAGCUGGAGCAUUCACAUCUCUUCGUCCUGGAUUCAUCCUGGUGUCCCCUUUGAGGUUCUGACUGAUCCGCUGAGUAUGCCAGAUCAUGAAAUUUUGAAUGUAAAAACAGGUCUAUCUCAAGCAAUCAAUCCUGACAUGACUGAGGAGGAUAGAGGGGAACUAAAGGUGAACUGCAUUAUUUCACAAAAACUUACCUGAGCUGUGCAAGAUACGGUAUCCCCCCUUUGUCACUUCCCCUGCAAAAAAAAGAAGAAGAAAAAAGAUGCAAAUUUUGCUGAAAGGAAUAGAAGACUGGGUGAGACAGAGUUAUAACUAUUCUUAUGGCAAAGACUACUGUACAUACGCAAUACAAGUCUUAACUCAGUCUCAGCUGAAAAAAGUGGGAGAUUUAAAUUUAGAGCAAGUGUGUCUUCUUUUGCAUUUCAGACUUUGCGAUGAAAUUGUCAGGCAUACUAACAAGCUAUCGAACCACUCCGCUCUGAAAUGCUUUGAUGCUGUGGCGCCACCACACACCAGUGAACCACCUGACCUCUCCCUCGCUUCUAUUGAUCCUAUCAUAAGCAGCACUGAUGAACUGAGUCAACUGAAAAAAAAUGAAACUGUAUUGAUCAGUAUUGGGAAACUGGGUCAUUGCAGCAUCCAAUACUUUUAAAGACAGAACAUGGAAUAUACAGUAGAAUGAAAAAAUAGUGAAAAAUUAGGCCUCAUGUAAUCAUAUACAGUUGACUCUCUCAUCAGGAAAAUCAAACCAAGUUCAUUAAACCAACAAAGACAGCACGAGUUCACCCAAAAGGAGAUUUAUAUAAUUUAUGGAAGAUGUGGAGCUGUUCAUAUUCAGGAGGACACUGGGUCACCUGCUGUUACAAAAAUUUGUUCUGCUCUCAUUUCUAUUUUGAAACACUUUUGAUCUCAUUGCUGACAUGAAGCAAAGUAGGAAGCAGCACUGCUGAAUUUUGACACUCAUUACUUUAAACUGUUAAGAUGACAUUUUCUUCCGUGUCACUGAGUAAACAAAUUUAGCUACUGAUUUUUUUCAAAAAAUACCUUUGUGUUGAACAAACAGAAAAAAAAACAUGCUAAAUUUUAUUUUUAUAGCCUAGUCAAAUAUUAAAGCAAAGCAUUUCAUUCUUUCAAAGGAUGAUUAUUUUUCAAAUCUCUGUACUUUAUAAUUAGUAUCUAAAUUCAUAAGAACAGAUCCCACACACACCUGCAUUUAUCUGAGAGAAAUGACGAAGCAACAGGGAAUGAUCACCUGACAUUUCUCUUUACAACAUCUUAUAGCUCAUACUUUUAGUUACAACCUAAAAUGUUAUUGUUUUCACUUCCACUGUUUUUACUUACAUCAUGAAUCAGUUACUCAGAGUCACCAAAAUAUAAUUGGUUAGUAAAUAUUUAAAUGUAGGAGAGCAUGCGAAAACAUUAAUUCAUUGAUACUUUUCUUUCUUUCUUUUUGUUGUUUGCUUGAGAAUUUAACAUUAUUGGGGGAAAAAAACAGAAUCGUAGAAAAAAAAUGGGUUUCAAUUAGCAGAACUCUGGUUUGCACACUUUAAUGAGAUUUUUAACCAAAAUAUAUGUAUAUGUAUAUGUAGAUUUAUAUGUCCAUUAUUCAUGAUUUUUUUUUUCAGACUAACAUACAGUACUGUGCAAAAGUCUUGAUCCACCCCUAUUUCUUUAUAUUUUGGUUGCAAAAAGUCAGACUUUUGUCAUUUUUUAAAGUGGCCUUUAAAAAAUAAUAAUAGUAAUUCUCCAGGCUUUCCGAAGGUCGUUAAAAGACAGCACUGACUUAUGAAUCAUUCAAGCAUUAAAAAGUCACCCAGUGCAAGGGAAGAACCAGUGCCAUAUGCUCACCAGACAACUUAGCAAAGAACCAAUUUUAAUUGUAUUUUAGGUGCUUAGUUAGCUGCCUGUCACAAAAACAAAUAAUUUGUUUUUGUUUUGAAUGUAGAAAACAAUUACACAGUACUGUGCAAACGUUUUAGGCAGGUGAGGAUGCUGUAAACAAAGAAUGCUUUCAAAAAUGGAAGUGUUAAUCAGUUAUUUUCAUCAAUCAGCAAAAUGCACUGAAUUAACAAAAGAAAAAUCUAAAUCAAAUCAAUAUUUGGUGAGACCAAACAGCAUCAAUUCUUCUAGGUACACUUACACACAGUUUUUGAAGGAAUUCAGCUCGUAGAUUGUUCCAAACAUCCUGGAGAACUGACCACAGUUCCUUCUGUCUCUUCAUGUAAUCCCAGACACACUCGAUGAUGUUGAGAUCAGGGCUCUGUGGGGGCCAUACCUGAAGAUAGUUUUUGAAGAUAGUUCUUAUAUUUAUAUACUUAUAUAUAUAUGGAGGUCAAGAAAGAGGUACAACAGUGAGUGUCUACAACCAUCUGGGCAGAAUUUCAGCCAGUGUUGUUGGGAAUCUUGUCAAAAUUGAUAGAAUUGGGAACACAAAAAAGUGCCACUAUGCAAAACAUCUGACUGACAAUGACUUCAUUUAUCAGCAUAACAAUGAUCCCAAAGAAGAAAUGCAUACCUGGAUAGAAAAACACAUAAUGGGCCUCUAUCAGCCACGGGCUGAUGUCCUCAGAGUUCCAACCUUAACAUUACUGAAGCAGUGUGGGAUCAUCUUGACAGAGAAUGGAACAAAACAACCAACAUCCAAAGAAGAGCUUUGAAUGUCCUUCAGGAAGCCUGGAGAACUAUUCAUAAAGACUACUAACUUAAAGAAAGUACAAGAGUGCUUAUCUAAGAGAGUUCAGGCUGUUUUGAAGAAUAAAGGUUCAAUAUUGACUUUCAAGAUCAAUAGCACUGUAUAAACAUAUACAUUGUAUGUCAGUGCAUAUCAAUAAAUUACCCCAUCCACAGUACUGUACAUUGUCUUCUUAAUAA